CAGUGAACCAAGUUUCCAGCUACUCAGCCAUCACGGUCUGAAACUUUUUUUCUGAAAUGCACGCACUCGGCGGCUGCGGACGGGAUUUAAGGGGCGACAGAAGGCCGUGAACUCGGGUGUUGUUUUAGCGGAGGGGGCUCGGUCCGACCGGCCCGGAGCAGCUGAAUAUGGGUCAGACUGCUGUGUCUGCCGUGUCUCAGCCCGCGAGCGUUGAUGGAUUGGAGAAAUCAUCAUCACUGGCCAGCUGUGACGUGGUGGUGGACAGCGCCGCCAAUACCCAGAAUGCCCCUGCAUCACGGCAGCAGCGAGGCAAACUGUCAUCUAUCGGAAAACUGUUCAAACCCUGGAAGUGGAGGAAGAAGAAGACCAGCGACAAGUUCCAGGAUCUCUCCAAAGUUCUAGAGAGAAAAAUCUCCACCAGACAAACGAGGGAGGAGCUCAUCAAGAAAGGAGUUCUCAUCCCUGACCAAGAGGAAACGAUCAGCAGUGAAAAUCUGAAUGGCCAUGCCACACCAAGUGUGACAUCAGAGGAGGUUAAAGUUGACAUUGAGUCUCCAGAAACGGCGCAGGGGGAACAGGCCACGGCACCCGCUAGCACUGAGGACAAAUCAGAGAGGUCCGAAACUAAGUCCCUCGCCCGGGGAAAGCAGGUGCGACCUCGAGACGCACAAGCUAAAAAACAGCAAAGUGCCACUCUGCCCGCCUCUUCCAAAGCGGCUAGUAACGCUGCAGCUACAACCAAGCACAGAGACGGUGCAUCGGGGACUAAAAAGACUGCUAAAACCACAGGCAAGACAGGCUCAUCCACUCAAGCUAAAGCUAACCUGCGAAGCACUAACAACACUAGUCGAGGGAUUGUCAAAUCCUCCCAGCCAAAGAAGACAGGAUUAACAACAAAAACCACCCCCGCCUCCACCUCCACCUCCACCCCUCGUUCUCGUGUGUCUAAGGACUCCGCAGCACAGACUGAGGGGACCGAUUCAAGGACCAACCGGAAAUCAAACACUCCCAACUCUUCCUCCGUACCUCAAAAGACCCCCGCAGAGACUCCUAGCCAGCCUGGGGAGUUAAAAUCCUCGCCCCUUUCCUCAGAUACCAAAACUGUCUCAUCUAAAGCUUCAGGCAAUGAACCAGAAGGAACUUCUCAACAUGCUCUAGAGCCUAAAUCUACUCCCAAUGCCUCUGCUGUGGGCAAGGAGGCCCACAAGGGUCCUGAACCCUCUGUCCUGUCCCCUCACAUCAACACUGAUACAGAGGACACUUCCUUCACAGAGGGAGAGACUGGCAGCAGCUCUCAGGGGGGGAAACGGGGGAGAACGGGAGGGGAGGGAGGAGAAGGAGAGAAGGCAGGAGAAACAGAAUCUACCAGGGAGAACAGCCCGAGGUCUGGGGAAGGCCAAGCUGAAAGGUCACAGGGCCUCAGUGUGAACACGGAGCAUGCCGAGGUGACGGUGAUCCCUGACAGGCCGAGAGACAGCCAAACAAGCGACUCUGACUCAGACGGACCAAUCCUGUACCGCGAUGAGACGGAAGAUGAAGAGGAAGACGAGUACACAACCAGCGCUCUGGCCAUUAAGAUCCGCCGACGAGACACCCUGAACAUCAAGCUGGGGAACCGACCCAGCAAGAGAGAACUGGAGGAGAAAAACAUUCUGCCGCGCAGCUCCGAGACGGAGAGACAUGAGCUCCGCCAGCAGAUAGGCAGCAAACUAGUCAGGCGCCUGAGCCAAAGACCCACCACAGAGGAGCUGGAACAGAGAAACAUCCUUAAGCAAAAGAAUGAAGCAGAGGAGCAAGAAGCCAAGCAAGAGAUUAAAAGGAGACUCUCCAGAAAGCUGAGUGUGAGGCCUACAGUGGCAGAGCUCGUCGCCCGCAGGAUCCUGCGUUUUAAUGAGUAUGUGGAGGUAACGGACGCCAAGGAUUAUGACCGGCGGGCGGACAAACCCUGGACACGGCUUACUCCAGCUGACAAGGCUGCUAUCCGUAAGGAGCUGAACGAGUUUAAGAGCCGAGAGAUGGAGGUUCAUGAAGACAGCAAACAGUUCACCAGAUUCCAUCGGCCCUAAACACUCUCACUGCCAGCUGGACGUCAGCACCACAAGCUCUCUGAUCCACCGCUCCCAGCAGUCUCCCGGCCCUCCAGACCCUCAGUACACAGCUCAGUCCAUUUGGGAUCCUCUUGCACCUGAUGACAUGUAUUUCUGUCUCUAGUGACAGCUGAAGGUGUGUCUUAAGGCCUCGGCCAUCCAUGGACACCAGUGAAGCAUUUGCACAUAUCUAUAGUCAGAACAGUUGUGUGCGUAGUGCGCUCUGAGAAGAUUAUUUAUUUUAGAAGGCCAGAACCUGUUGGUUAAUGAUGUUUUUUGUUUGUUUGUUUUGGUUCCCUUCAGGCCUCGUCAUGAGAGCCUCCGGGGAGGAAAAAUGAGCAAAAUUACCCUCUUAGUAAUGAAUGUGGCUCAGUUUUACUUAAGAGAUUGUGUUCUUGCCAAGGUAUGCCUUGUCAUAACCUGCCAAAUGGCCAUAUAUGGGCAUCCUCCUAGGACAGGAAGUGGGAGUGAUUGGAUAGCAGCGUGCUGAUGUCAGCACCGAUGUCACAGAUCAGAGGGGAGGAGAGGCAGUUUGUUCUGCUCCGAUGUGCCUCUCGGAGCCGAAUCUGAAAUACUGCAGCUCAGUAUGAGACAUAUUUAAAGUAAAUUGCCACUAGAGGGCAAUAUAUCAUAAGAGUUAUAGGCUAGGAGGAUGAGGUUGUGUAUGUAGAUGAAGAAUAAUCUGCCAGUGUUAUAUUUAUGACUGCUUUAGCUUGGGGAUCGGUGGGCACCUGAGGCUCUAAUAGAAGUGCAAUGGAAAUCACUCAAAUUCUAGCCAAUCCCUCAACACUCCUCCUGAUGAAACACGAUGACCGUUCAUCUUCACAUAUCUUGUGUUGAGUUAUUAAGUGCAAUCCUCUGAUCACAAAGUGCUGGACUUGCUGUCUGGAGGAUUUCGACUUUGUAGGUUUUUGGCUGGAGCUCUUACUCAGAGUGCCAAAGAAAAAGCAGGGAUUUGAUUGUAUGUUGGUCUUCUGAUUUUUAAGUUUUGAUUUUGUUUGGAGGCGUAUGUGUAUAGAGUUUCACAGCUGAAGCAAUCAACAGUCCUCUCGAACAAGACGAGAGGUACUUUAUUUUUAAUUUCCUUGAACAUGCAAUUUUAUCUCUCUGCCUGUGAGGAGAGACUUCCUGACAAGUGGUCCUUUUGCACCUCGCCCUAACAUGCACAUUGACUCCCCUUGGUAAAAAUCUCUUUUGAACCUGAGAAUUUAAAGGAAUUCUUCAACUCUUGGAAAUAAACUAAGGCUGAAAAAAUGUAUUUACUCAGCUCAAACUCAAUCUGCAGCUAUAUUUGUUAUCUAUUAGUAAUUUCAGUGAUUUUUUUAAAGGAAAAAAAUUGCUGAGCUGGUGGUGCUUUAUGCUGUUUUUAUCCUAAAAGACAUUAAACUGAAAACAAUUAAAAUCAAAGUUGAUUAUGUCAACUAUGUGAAGUUAUUAAGGACAUUUUCUAUUAUAUUGUUACAUUUGUGCACUUAUUCACUUUCUUGCUGAGUGUUAGAAUGAGAAAGUCAAUACCACCAGCUGGCGAUUAGCUUAGCUUAGUUUAGCUUAGCAUAGACACAGGGCGCAGGGGAAACUGUUAGCCUGGCUCUUUAUAUUUCUGUUUUUAUACACAUUAAAAGACAAGGUGUUUAUUAAGAGGUGCUGGUAGACUUUUUUAUCCAUUGAACAGAGCCAGGGUCGCUAUUUCCCCUUGUUUCCAGUCUUUAUGCUAAACUAAGCUAAAUUCCUGUUGCUUUAUAAAUAGCCCAAAGUCAUGAGUUGUAUCAGUCUUCUAAUCUAGCUCUCAAAAAAUGAGAAACAAUAACCACGAACUAAAACAAGAGUAUUUUCCAAAUGGUUGAACUUUUUCUUCUUCUUCUUCUUCUUCUUCAUUUCUUUAGUAUUUCAAGGCAAAACUAAAAUAUCGUUUGUUAUGUAACCAUGAUUCCAAAACACUUGGGAGUCUAAGCAGCACAUAGUGUGUCUUAUCUGAUUUUAUAUUCCAAUUCUUUUUUGGAUUACAUUUGGCAUUUUGUGCACUCUUGGAAAGCUGUUUUAGUCUGGAUUUAUUUUUAUUUUAGCAGAUUAAAUACAAAUUGGCUGCAGAACAAAUUAAGGUCACUCAAGAGGAGGUGAAUGUUAGACAUGUAUACAUUUAGAAACAAAGAAAUUAAGUGUGUGUGAAGAUUUACAGUUUCUAAGCAUCGUAGCUGAGGUGGUCAUUUCAAUCAUUAUCACCUUUAUGCAUUUAUAGAUUUUCUGCUUCAGAGUGCUCUAAAGACUCAAAUGUAUGUUAAUGAAAAAUGUAAAAGGGCAUCCAUUAAUAAUGAUUUAGUUUUGUGUGAAUGCCAGAACGUUUCACUGAGCAAUCAGAAAAGGAAAGUCAGAGGUGAAAUGUAGAAGGACAGAGAACUUGCACUUAUUGCUUUCUAAAAUAUUUUAGGACUUAUAUUAGAAGCUGGUACAGAAAAACAUGCUGUGGCCAUUCUUAUAAAAACUAAACAACAGCAUAUUUUUCUUCCCGGCAUAUUUGGGCUCUACAGGAGAUGUUGGCUAGAAAAUGAUUGACAGAUUGAGCUUGCUGACGUCCAAAGGCUUGUGUUCUCAUAACGGACCUCCAACCUCCACAACACUUGUCAUUCUUUCAGCUAGUAACUGAAAAGGACAGAUUUCUUCUUUCUGCUUCUGAAUGUGCGUAGGUUGUAACAUAAAAUUGAUGUACAGCGAUAGAAAAGAGAACCAACAGUAUUCAUUCAUGUCAAUGUCUAUGUUGUUAUAUAUAUUGAUUAUUUUGUACAUAAUGUAUAUCAAGCAUGUGCAUACAUUGAAAUCAAUUUUAUUACCAAUAUGAUAAAUUAGAACUUUGAUGUGACUGUUUUAAGCUCUGAUUUUAGGUGUCUUCUUUUAUAUUUAUAUAUAUAUAUAUCCCCAAACAAUAAUACUGAAGUGCACAGCUCAGUCCUGCUGUUUCUCGGCAGCAUAUUGACCA